GCCGGGCCGAGAGGCGGAGGCGGCGGAGAGGAGGGCCGCGCGGAACGGGCGGGGCUGCGGCGGGGCUCGCCAUGGUGCUGGUGGUGGUCAUGGGCGUGAGCGGCUCCGGGAAAACCACGGUUGGGUCACGUUUGGCAGCAAAGCUGGGGUGGAAAUUCUUUGAUGCAGAUGACUAUCAUUCUCCAGAGAAUAAAAAGAAGAUGGCAGCAGGAAUGCCACUAAAUGAUGAGGACAGGAUUCCAUGGCUUUGUGCAUUGCAUGAUAUUCUGAGGAGAGAAGAAUCAUCUGGACAAGAUGCAGUUCUGGCCUGUUCAGCACUGAAGAAAAUCUAUAGACUUAUAUUAGUCAGAGGAGCAUCUGCAAUUGGAAACAGUCAGUCAGAGAAACCAGAAGAAAAUGCAGCACUGAAUAUCCUCUUCGUUCAUCUGGAUGGUCCUACAGACCUCAUUGCUCGCCGCCUGGAGAAGAGGAGAGGACAUUUCAUGCCACUGAAACUACUCCAGUCUCAGUUUGAUGCUCUGGAGCCUCCUACAGCGCCAGAAAGGUUUAUUACUGUCAGUCUAGAAAAAUCUCUUCCUGAGAUAGUGCUGGAGAUUGAGAAAGCCAUUUUUUUCGGGUGAGGCUUUUCCAAAAUAAGUUUCUAAAUCAUACACGCAGAAAUUCCCGUAGCAAUAUCAUGUUUAUGGAGCGUUAUUGUAAUUGUUUUUAAGUUAAUCAAAGCAGCUAUUUUUUUCCCAAUAUUUAAGUGAAUUACAAUGUUAAGAACUGGUUUGGUACUCUGGCAUUUUUGUCAUGGCUCUAUAAAAGACAUAAAAAUGAAGUUUUAAAAAACUGCCAAUAAUUUUAAAAUUCCUCACUAUGUGAACAUAAAAUUUGUGUUAGUAUCUAAACACAGCCUGCUUCUGAAAAUCCCAUCAAGGAUCAUGCGCAAUAAUUGAAUUUCUUUUCCAAUUUUUACUGUCAAACAUGGAGACAGGCAUAUCUAACAAGUGCUUAAUUAAUUUACAGCUUUGUUAAAAGCUGUGUGUUUAUUUUCCUACGAGCAUAAAAGACAGGAAUACACAUAAUGAAAUUCCAUGCCUGACACUGUCGCUGCCUCGCUGACAGAUUUUUAAUACUCUAAUUUCUGUGUUUAUGUUCUUGCCAAUCUCUGAGCAGCGAGACCUCACCAUUUCUUUAAUACUUUCACUGAACACCAAGCUGGAAGAUACAGAGGGGAAAAAGUGGUGGUGGUAGUGGUGAAGUAACAUACAAAAUACAACUGUAUGAAAAAAUUAUGGAAAUAAAUGAAAUAUCAGGGGCAUCAUA